UACUCUGAUUGGUUGUCGUAAUCACUUACAACUACUUACAACCACGUUCACGCAAUUGUAGAAUAGGCUUAAAUCAAGCUUUAAACUGGUUAAACAUAACCUCAAAAAACGUGUUACACGUGUUAUAAUUGUGUGCUUUGUUGAAUUUAUCUGUCAUAUCUUAACUCAUUUUAAUUCUUAUUCUACAUAUCGAAAAGGCAACUUUUCGUGAAAAUUUGUAGUAAGAAACACAUAUUCUAACGAUUAUUUCGACGUCAUGGCUAAGGGUUAUAAGCACUUGAAACGCUUGAGGUCAGAAAAAGCGAAAAUAAAAUUGAGAAGUAAAAUAACGAAGCCGAAGAAUGUCACGGAUACAUCGUUCAAAACAAAGAAAAUUAUAAUACCUAUACAAUUAAAACAGCAUGAUGAAACAGAAAUUCUCAGCACUCGUAAACUCAAUAUCAAAGAUCUGUUAGUGCGUUUUCACCAUCAUAAUGCAGCGGUAAGAGAAGGAGCAUUGAGGGAACUGAAAGAAAUCUUACUAUUUCAUUCAUCAACGACUUUGCAUGCAGAAUUAGGUCCUUUAUUGAAUGGAAUAGCAGCUUUGUCACUAGAUAGAGAGAAAAAUAUACGAAAAGAUUCAUUAUCUGCACUGCGUUCAAUUCUUGAAUGCAUGUCCGAGGAACAGUUGGUGCUAUAUUCGAAAGUUUUAACUUCUUAUUUGAAUUGUGCUAUGACACAUAUUAAUCCAUGUAUAAAGGAGGACUCUUUACAUUUCUUGGAUGUACUUCUGCUUCACUGUGGUAACAUGCUUGCGAAGGAUAGUCGUAAAAUAUUUUCUAACUUUUUAGACAUGAUGUGUAGGUUACACAGUGAUAAUAAGCACAACAGACAAUUAACAAUAAUUACAAAUUUAAAAACCACUAGUGUAAAGUGGAGAAUACAAGUUUUGGAACGUUUAGUUAAUAUGUUCAACUGUGUUCUAAGUGAUCAGAAACUUGAAAGGUCUACAUAUUCGGGUAUAACAUUGAGAGAAGUAGAAUAUUGUGAAUUUCUUCCAGUUUAUGGCGGUAGUUCAGCUAAACCUUGUGAAAUCAAUUUUAACGACGAUAUGGACUCGGUAACGAGAACAGGAGAAACUUUACCCAUGGAAGAAUUCAUUAAAUAUGUAGAUACAUUGAUGUCACUAAUGUUUGAUAUAUGGCUAGAAGUAUGUCCAAAUGAGAAGUUUGAGAAUUAUACAGAGACCACGAUUUCCAGCGAUACGUCCGUAUUAUUGAGAGGAAUCACUAAAAUUAUGCAGUCGAUUAUCGAGUACAUCGAAAUGUUGGAUCACGACGAUUACAAGCAUACAAAGCGUUCGUUUAUAGAUAAAUUUCAUAAAUCAUUUAUGAGAAGCUUUUUGUUGAACUUCCCAUACAGAGCAGCAAGUGAAUUUACCAACAAAUCCAAAAAAUGUCAAGAAGAUUAUUCUGAAAUAGAAUCUAACAGUGAAAGAUGCUUAGAACAGAAUUUGGGACUUUGUCAAAUUCAUACAUGGUUCACAUCUUCAAUUGACCACGAUAGUAGCAAAUUUAAUAACACUACCAAAAACUAUUGUCUGUCUAUUAUUAAAUAUUUAAAUAAUACCAUUAAAAAUUGGUGCAUCAACGACAAGUUUGUGUUAUCACAACUAACUAAGCUGCUAAAAACUUUAUUUUUAUCAGCGAGUUCGUCUUGGCACGCGAAUGGUAUUGAUUUAAAUCAAACUUUGCAACUGAUUAUAAAAGUGUCCUACCUAUCUAAAAAUGAAUUGCAAUCGAACUUGUCUCUGAUUGUUGGUAAUAUUAUAUUGGAAUGUAAUUUAAAUGAGUUAUACAGAGAAGCAUUUAAAAAGUAUGUUAUAGCUUUACCAAGCUUGCUGCUGAGGCCUAGCAUAAAUGAAGCUACAAUUCGUAUGAUCAGUCAAGUGGCUUUACGUUUUAAACAAUGGAUUCGAGAGGAACUGACGAUAAAACAUAAAGCUAUUAUAGAGAAUGCUCAGAAGAUCGAAAUUAUAGGUUCACACGAUGAUAAAAAGUCAAGACUUAUGAUUUGCAAUCUAUUUUAUUUUCUGGAUGCAGAACUUUAUUACUAAAUAUAUACAUUUAAUUGGUUAAAAUUGGAAA